GAAAUUUCGAAACAAAUCAUCUUUCAGUCUAGAACAAUCCUCUCGAUAACUCAUUCACCAAACAACGCACGAGACAACGCCCCAACAUGAAGAACUUUGCGUUCUUCCUUCUCCCUCUGCUCCUCCAGGUGUGCUCCACCACCCCCAACCCCCAAAUCAUCAACGGCAACGUCGCCACUCUCGGCCAAUUCCCGUGGCAAGCUGCACUUUUCUUCGAAAAUUUCGACUCAAAGUUCUGGUUUUGUUCCGGAACCAUCAUCUCCCCCAAAUGGAUUCUAACUGCAGCCCAUUGCAUUCAUGAUGCACGCACUGUCCUCAUCUACACCGGCCUUAUUGACAUCUCCGUUGAAGUGAAACCCAGUGACGAAUCACAAAAAUUCCACCUACAUGACGACUUCAAACCCGACUCACUUGCCAAUGACAUUGCCUUGAUCGAACUCACCAAGGAAUUAACACUUGAUGAUAACACCAAAGUGGUCGAAUUAAGCAACGAAGAAAUCACCCCUGGUACAGAAGUCACGAUCAGUGGUUGGGGGAAAACCCGAGCCAACGACACCUCAAUAAACCCACUCUUGAAUUAUGUUACUUUGACUACGAUUACGAACGAAGAGUGUCAAACGGCUUAUGGUAUGACAGGAGUUAUUUUUGACGAAAUGAUGUGUGCAAAGAGUGGCAAAAAUCCGGUGCAAUCGCCUUGUCACGGCGAUAGUGGUGGUCCAGUUGUUGUCGACUUUGACAAAAAACCGAAACACGUUGCUGUUGCAAGUUUUGUAAGUAGUGAAGGAUGCGAAAGCGGGUUUCCUUCCGGGUAUACCAGAACAUCCGCCUACUUCGAUUGGAUCAAAGAAAAAACCGGAAUUUAAAUAUUUUUUACAAUAAGCGACAUUUUUGUCAAAAUUAAGUUUUUUAAUAAAAAUUAUAGAAAUUUC